AUGUUGCCCUGUCGCUUAGAUCCCAAGGUGAAAAGCUUCAUCGCUGCAGGGCAAGCCUUGGGUGUGUGGCAUCGACAGGAGUGGGCCAGCAUGUUGCCAGUGCUGGCAUUGGAAGUGAAGCCAGACGAAACGGUCUUGGACCUUUGCGCUUCUCCAGGCUCAAAGACCUUGCAGCUCUUGGAGUACCAAAGUGGCGCGUCCGUGGAUGGAGGACUUCUGGUGGCCAACGAGCUGAGUCGUUCCAGGGCCUUGGUCGUGGCCCAGCGUUCACGGCGCGCCGACCGGAGGAGCCUGCUGGUUUCGCGGCGAGAAGAGACGAAGCAGAUGGAAGACAAAAGGGGAAGAAUCCAUCGGCUUUUAUCAUGGUAA